UCUCUCUGCAAGCCAGUCAACAGUAAGACAGCCUUGCGUGUCGUAGUGGAGUCGGGAGGAGAGAGAUCUGCUCACGCUGUCAAAGAGAGGACAACCCCUCCUGUUCCUCCCAUUCCUACUCGACCCUGAACCCCUGAAUCAUCUCCCUGGUGCAACCCCGACAACAGCCCCUGCACCCCCAGAGAGAGAGAGAGAGAGAGAGAGAGAGAGAGAGAGAGAGAGAGAGAGAGAGAGAGAGGAAGACCCUCGCCGUUACUUUUCAAAUCUGGAGGCAGCACGUGGAUCGGUCUGACCGGGCUUUUGAGUCUACCUUUCUCUGACAGGAAUGACUCGUUCUGGAGAAGCUUCUGCUUGAGUCCUGGUGUGAGGAGGAAGACAGGGAGACGACAUGGAUGUGAAGAGGAAGGAGAUGGACCUGCUGAGCAACAGCAUGGCGGCCUACGCACACAUCAAAGACAACCCGGAGAGCUUCGGCCUGUACUUUGUGAUCGGUGUGUGUUUCGGCCUGGUGCUCACCCUGUGCCUGCUCGUCAUCCGCAUCUCCUGCAAGCCCCGCCUGGCCGCCAAGCCGCCUGCGCCUGAGAAGAAGUGCCUGAAGGACUUCAGCGAGGAUGAGGAUGAGGAAGAGAGCGAGGACGAGGAGGAGGAGGAGGAUGAAGGGGACGUGGAAGCACCGGCAACGCUGCCCAGCACAGAGAUCGCCGUUGGCAACCACAACAGCCAAUCGGACGGGACUUUGAGCGUGAACGUGUUCACGUCUGCCGAGGAGCUGGAGCGGGCGCAGCGAUUGGAGGAGAGGGAGCGAAUCAUACGCGAGAUCUGGAGGAACGGGCAGCCGGAUAUUUUGGGUUCAGGAACGGGGACCAUCGGAAGGGUUCACUACUACUAACACUGCCCCCACCGCCCCACAUCCUGCCAGGGCGAGUCACUUCCUGUGGGUCUUAACACUGCCCCUCCCCCCGCCGCCUCACAUCCUGCCAGGGCGAGUCACUUCCUGUGGGUCUUAACACUGCCCCUCCCCCCGCCGCCUCACAUCCUGCCAGGGCGAGUCACUUCCUGUGGUGAACUGUGGGUAUUCCCCAGAGGGGCUCUAGGACCCAGCAGGAGUCAUGAUGGAGAACACUGGGACAGGAGGAAGCUAGGUGCUGGCCUACAGGUCAGCGUUGCCAUAGUGAUCAUGGUCGGGCGUGGCUCAUAGUAGUUCACGUUGCACUUCAACCAGACCUUAUCUCCCCACUCUACUCCCUUUCCUCCCCCAUCGCAUCCUCAU